UUCAGUUCAUGUUGUGGUUGUGCUUAGAUCAUGAAUACUAGAAUUUUUCUAGUAUUCGUGGUUGAGAUUAAUGUGUACGCGUUUCAGACUCGUGUGUAAUAGGUGUAAAAAUGUUUGAAUGUAACUUUUGUAACAAAUCUUUCUCAAGACGGGAGACUCUGACCCGUCACUUACGUGAAGUGCACGGGUAUUAUCCCGAUGUGAGUACAAACCCGAAAAGAGGACCUAGGUUUACCUGCGCUGUUUGUAAAAAUGAGUUUACAGAUAUAGAAAGUCACUUUUCAGAGCAGCAUAAUAUUUCUCUUAAGAAAUCAGUUCUUAGUUUUUCUAGUACGUCAGAUUUCUACACUUGGAAAAACAACACUGAGGUAAAAGAAAAUGCUUUGUUUACAAAAAGAUCUGGCAAAAAGAUUCUGUCUGGCAACAAGAUCAAAAUUUAUUACCAGUGUAAUAGAUCGGGAAACUUUGAACCUAAGCCUAUAUCCGGUAAAAGAAAAAGGGAAUCAAAAAUAAAGGGCUCCUGUAAAAUAAAUGGUUUCUGUCCUUCCCGUAUAAAAGCAACUUUUUUUGGAAAUGGAAAUGUUCAAGUAGAGUACUGCGAGACUCAUGUAGGGCACACUUGUGACCUAGCCCAUCAACCAUUGACCCUUAAUGAUCGUAAAGAUAUCGCCAGGAAAAUAUUAAAUAAAAUUCCUUAUGACACGAUACUUGAAGAGGUUCGGUCAUCUUUUGAUCCCGACUCGCCAAAAAGAAUACAUUUACUGACAAAACAAGAUCUGUAUAAUAUUGUUAAAGAAUUCCGUCUUAAUGAGACUGUGCGUCAUUCGAGCGAUGCCAUCAAUGUUGAAGCAUGGGUACAAGGCAAAAAGGCUAAAAAUGACGAUGCCAUCAGUGUUGAAGCAUGGGUACAAGGCCAAAAGACAAAAAAUGAUGAUGCCAUCAAUGUUGAAGCAUGGGUACAAGGCCAAGAGGCAGAAAGUGACGAUGCCAUCAAUGUUGAAGCAUGGGUACAAGGCCAAGAGGCAGAAAAUGACGAUGCCAUCAUUGUUGAAGCAUCGGUGCAAGGCCAAAAGGCUAAAAAUGACGAUGCCAUCAAUGUUGAAGCAUGGGUACAAGGCCAAAAGGCAAAAAAUGACUGUGUUUUAUUAUAUAAAGCUCAAGGCUUUAAUGAACCUUCCACGUUUGCCGAAAACGAUUUUGCUCUUGCCAUAAUGACUGAGGCGCAAAGAGACCUUUUGAAAAAGUUUGGUUCAGACUAUAUUUGUAUUGACAGUUCCGGUACUCAUGGAAUGGGCGCUUAUCAUUUUGAAGUGUUAACCCUCAUAGUAAUUGACGAAAUGAGACAAGGAUUUCCGUGUGCGUUUUUUAUUUCAAACAGAACAGAUAAAUCUGCUGUGAGUGAAUUUCUCUCGGCAAUACGAGAGAAAGUUGGAAUAAUAAAUCCUAAGGUGUUCAUGUCUGACAUGGCUGAAUCAUUCUAUAACGCAUGGAAAGAAGUAAUGGGCCAAGUUGAUAAAAGACUUUUUUGCAUAUGGCAUGUUGACCGUGCAUGGCAAAAGAAUUUGUCCAAGAUAAAAGAUUGUGAUAAAAGAAAAUCAGUAAAUAAGAAGUUAAGAGUUCUGCUGAAAGAAACAGAUCCAAAUGCAUUCUUGACAAUGCUGCAACAAAUUACUGACCAACUUUGUAGUGACCAAGCCACCAAAGAAUAUGGUGAUUACUUCAAGGAACAUUUCGGGUCGAACUACCAUUCAUGGGCAUACUGUUUUCAAGUAAAUUUUGGCAUAAACACUAACAUGCAUCUUGAAAGUUUGCAUAAAACAAUAACACAUUUUAUAUUGGAAGGAAAAAAUGUGAAGCCACUUGAUAAAGUCAUAAGUGCAAUCAUGCAACUCAUUAGGCAGAAACUCUUUAAUCGAUCAGUAAUAAUUGAAAAGGGAGUACUAACUUCCAAAGUAAAAUUGCUCAGAAACCGUCACAAAAGUUCUUUGUCCAUGAACCCAGACUUAAUUGUUAAGUCUGAAACUUUUGAAAAUUCUUGGAAUGUGACAUCGUCGGAUUCUGGCAAUACGUACAUGAUUCGUCAGAUAAUAGAAGUUUGCUCAUGUCGCAUUAUUUGCCCACAGUGUGCAGCGUGCAUACACAAGUUCACAUGCACGUGCAUCGAUGCACGCAUUAAAUCUAACAUGUGUAAACAUGUGCACCUACUAUGUCGGAAAUUGAUAUCGGAAGAUCAAGCCCAAAAUCACGAUGAACCCGGCGAUGACGUGGGAGAAGUCAGAAGUUUGGAGGAAAGAAAAUCAAUAUUGGCAGAAGUGUCAACUAAAACUGUACUGCCCAAAAAAGUUAGACCUACUGACAAACUUCUUCUAAGGCAACGUUUUGAGUCAAUUUUAAAUAAAAUUGACUACCCGGACAGUUUAAAAGUAGCUGAUCAAUGCUUGAAAAACCUUGAGGCGAAGUUAACGUCCACCAAGCAGAGGAAUAUUGCCCUACAAGUCAGAAGUAACACAAAAAACAUGAAAAUCAAGCCUCAUGUGAGGUUCUUUUCAUCCAAAAACAAAAAGGAAAAAAACUGUAAGGACAACUUCCUGGCCUACACGAGCAGCACAGAACAUAGCUUUAACAGCAUUGAUUGGUUCAGGGUUAAACCUUCAACAAGUCACUAAUCAGUGUCCAAGAUGAAAGGGAUUUGUAAAUAAGUGUAAAUAUAUCAAAUUAGUUUAAAGAAGAAAUAAGAUUGAAGAUCUUCGUAAUUUAAUAUGAGCUCUACUCCUCUUAUAUUACUUUACAAAUUAAACCAGUUUUGACAACAUUCGAGCUUAGUUUGGAGGAAUCAGAGAGUAUGCUCAAGAUGAUAUUGUCAUUACUUCUAGGGUGUGGCAAUCCUGACAACACAGUGUUUAACGAUCAAGAAUACAUUCAGGAACAAACCCAGUACCUAGGACUGUGCAACACAUAAAACAACUCAGUGAAAAAGUGCCCCCUGUGUUCAAAGUAUUUCUGUGAGUUUUGUACAACUACUGUACUCAUCAUUAUUGUGUUUGACAUUAAUUUUACCCAAAGAAGUUCUCAGUUAUAUUCUUGACUGUCCCAGUAUAUGUUAAACAAGGAUCCUAGGAGAAUACUGUACUGCACUGAGGUCUUAAUUUGUAUCUGUUCUUUAUUAAGUUUCUACAAUUUGUUUGUUAUUUAAUAGUGUAUUUUUGUGGUUGCCAUCAAUCGAUUGGCUUAUUGUUUGAUUACAUAAUAGAUUUUGACAUUAGUUGUACAUAAUAUAAAUUUUAAAGGAGCUAUAAAACUUGAUACAAAACAAGGAUAUUGAAGGAUGUUUUAUGUACCGUAAGCAGGGAAGAAUGCUUUUGUUAUUUUACAUAUCACUGGUAUAUUGUGAGUAGGCCUAUUGAGGAAGUUGAUAAGUUGUAGGUGUAAAUAAAGAAAUGAUAAAAUUGAGUAAAUACCUUAUGUAUAAUGGAUAAAGCAGCUUUAAAAUCAUAAGGAAUAUUUUUAAAACAGAAAAUUGUAUUUUCAAUAAUUUAAACUCAGUCUAGCUCCCUAUGAAAAUGGCAUCUAUGUUGUAUUUGCCAGACAAGCUUUUACUAAUAGUCUUUUCAUAUCUCGAUGUCACUGACAUAGUAUUUUCCAUCAUGUACGUUUGCAAACGUUGGAAUAAUCUUGCAAAUGAUUUUUAUAUGGAAUAAAUUAGAGUUUGAUGUAAAUGGAAAUCUGUACCCAAAUUAAAUGUCAUAAAGGUAAGCUUUUAAGGCUCCUUCCCAAACUGAAAAUAAAAAAGUAAAGUUAUUUUGGAAUAAGGCAAUUGGUUUUAUAAUAAUAAUAUGUUUAAAGAAUACUGUCCUAAUUUAGUAUGGAUGAAUGAAAAUUAAUCCUGACAAAUCAACAGAAAUUAGUGUAUUUUUUAUUUUGUACAUUUUGCACAAUUAUUAAACCUUUCAAAAUUAAAAUUCUCACCUUGGUGUUGUAUAAGUUAUGCCCAUAUUUGACUGGUCUAUCACUUCCUUGACUUUUUCGUCCACUUUCUUAAGAUUUGGUCUGUUACAAUUUUUUAUUGAUAGCUGUCCCGACCUCGGUUCUUUCCAAAUUUGGACCAAUUGGAGGUCAAAGAAGAAGACAUUAUAUUUUGUCUCUCUAAGAGACACCGGUCCUUCAAGUAUCUGUCAUUUAGUUGUAUUUUGAUAAAAUGAUAAUGUAUUUAACCACUUAGAGAAAUACCAGCUCAAACUAUUACAUAUUACAAAUUGUUUAAACUUUACGUAAUAGUACGUAAAUAGUCUUAAUGCAAUGACAUCUCUCGAACAUCCAACCCUUGAGGGAGCAAAUUUUUUUCAGCUCAAGUAUUGCACAAGUUUUAUCUCUCUAGCCUCUCCAAGAAUUUAACUUAUGUUUUACUUUUGAAAGUAAAUUGGACACUGGAGAAUAAUCAUCUUUGUGGUUAAGUAUGAAUUCAAACAUUCAGUUUACUCAUAAAGGUGAAAUGUGUGAUUGUGUUUUAACAAAAUACUGGUUUAAAAGUUCUUUCAAAUGGUUAAAUCUUAAUUUAUGUCCCAAUGAUGUCAAGACAUACCAAGGUCAUUUUGAUUAAGUAUGAAAUCUUGGACAAUUUAGCCUUUUGUGCCAACAAUUUAUGCAUAAUUAAUGUAUAUAAUAAAUAAGUAUAGAUAACUAAUGUAUAUGUGUAAUUUAUGUAUAUAAGAAUGACAAAAUAUGGGUUAUUUUUAACUUAGUAAAUUACUUGGCUACUAUUGAGGUACUCGAGAAGUGUAAAUAAUUUAUGGAUAUAAUAAAUCCAUAUUGGAUAUAUUAUAUCCAGAGAACAAAAACAUCUCUUGAUUUUAAUUAAUGAUUUUGUAGCCUAUUACAUGUUACAUUUUUUCACUCAUUUUGUUAUUGUAUGGAUACAACAGUGCUUAAUGUUUUUGUAUGGAGGAAUUAAUAAGCUUAUUUCUACAUUAGAUUGUUUACAAAGUUAGUUUGACAUUGCUUAUUGUUCAAGAAAUGAAGGUUAUUAAUUUGUAAACAUAUUUAAUAACAAUGCAUAGUAAAUAAAAAUUAUCAAUAAUUGAUAGUUCAAUGUAAAAUAAUAGCUCAAACAUGCUUAACACUUCUUAAAUUGUCUUGGAAAACUUUAAAUACAGUAUGAUUGAUGCCAAGCUAACACUCUACAGGAUUAAAUUAAAAUACAAUACAGCAAGAUGGACCCCUACAGUUUUUAAGUAUAAAAUUAAUUUUUGUUUUAUUUCAACUUGAUUCACUCAAUCAUGUCAAUAUUAAAACAUUGUAAUGACAAACCAUGACAAAAGGCAAUACGAGCCGGCAAGGUGGCAAUGCCCGAACAGAAAUGCUACUCCUUUUGUUGACGACUUGUUCAGCUUACCAAUGGUUAGCGGCCCAACUAGUACUGCGUGUGAUUUUAACUUAUUAGAUUAUUGCAGAUCAUUUGUACAUUUAAAUAAUACCUUUAAUCAUUAUUUAAAUUUAAGUAUUAGUCUUAGUAAAUCACAAAUUACUUGCUUAUUUUACUUUACUUUGAACAGAAUCAUUCCUAAAAACGUAAUUAUUGUUUUCCGACAAAAAAAAAAAUUAAUGUAUUUAGGCCUGAAACGACCUCGGUUAACUCAGGGGGCUCGGAUAACUGGGGUUUGGAUAAUUGAGAGUGUACUGUAAUAGAAUAAGGAGGAUAGCAACUAGCUAACCUUGAAGAAGGACAGGUCAGCCAAAGAACAUACAGAAGAGACAUGGAACACUCAAUAUUUUAUCACCUGGGGGACUUGUGAAGUGAGACGAUAUAUUGUGUGUUCUAUGUAUCUUUUGUAUCUUCUAUGGACUGACUACCUGUACUUCUUUAAGGGAAGCUAUCCUCCUUUAUUCUACAACUCAACAUCCUGGCUUAGAGCCUGUUAACAAAACUAAACCAACCCAUAUUUGAAUGACAUUCAAAUUUUAACCUCCAAGAGUGAUUUCAACCACCAAAAUUAUAACUUGAACAAAUUACAGUGAAGUUUGGCUCAAACUCUGAAAUGAUUUUAGCUCGGAUCAUUUUUGAAAUUUGUUGCUUUUGAAAUUUGUUAAUUGGUGAAGUCUUACAAUGAAGAAAACGAAAAACUGUUUGAGAAUGUAAAUAAUUAACUUUGAGAGAGAUAUCGGUUUUACUUGACUUGUAUUCCUUAAGUUUUACCAGAGUGGACUAGUUAAAUAAGUGAUGGUUAUGUUUUGAGGAUAUACGACAUUCUUCUAUCUGAAUAGAAUUUUAUGAUUACAAUAUGUAUUAAUUUUCCCUAGAGUAUAGCAGUUAUCCGUAACAUAUUUGUCAUGUGUCAACUGUUGAUUAAAGACUGACUUACUGAUGACGAUUAAAGAUG